AUGAAGUUUUCAAAGCUGUCAGAAGCUGCACUCAUACUUCUAUACUUGCAAAUUCUAACUAGUGCAUUGGAGGUAAUCAUCAACGAUGAAGUAGUCAGUGACCCCGCGUUGAAACUAAAGUCCAAAUUCAAGAAAUACUUGCCAGAGCUCCAGGAAACAUUGGAAAUACCAUUGAGGUACCCCGAUCAACAAAGCUUAAAGGAGUCGUUCUUGCAAAGACCGCGACCACAUCCCAACCCCAACCACCGCGGCAUCCGCACUAGAUUGAAGGAGGAUCUCCCCAUGUUGUUCCGAUCACGCAUUAGGAACUCCAAGCACUUGAUGCCUGAUGAUAACAUUGGCGAUGGGGAUGAGAGCGGCAGCGAUGGAGGAGCUAAGGACAAGAAGGAUGCGUUUGACAGUGACGAUGGCUCGGGCUUGGGUGGCGAUAACGAUAAUGGCAGCGGUAGUGGCAGCGGCAGCGACGAUGAAAGCAAUGCCCCAUUCAACAGUGAAUUCGCCAAUCUCAACGAUAAACCCAAUGACUACCCCAUGGGUGGUGCGACUGCGCCGAGUGGCGUCACUGCUUUAAAAGCUGACGUUAAAUUGCAAUCAAAUCACUCUUUUGUCAAGGAUUUCCUCGCGUAUCGCACUAACCAUUUCACGGCGCUUGCGAUUGCGCAGGACAAGAUCGAUCGCGAUGACAAGUACCGCACUGGCAAGAAGCUCAAGCUGAAGAUCAACGAGUACCAGGAUUCACUUAACGACCCCAAGGACUUGAAAAAAUGGGUGAGGUUGAUCGCUGAUAAGUCCAAUGAUGGUGACGGUGGCAAUGGAAAUGGCAAGGGAAAUGGUGGUGGUGGAGGGGUUGCGUCUCGAUCUAAAAACUUUGUCAAUAAUGAAAUUGAGAUUGAUAUCGACGAGUUUAUCAAUUACUUGGUCAAUGAACAAGGUUUCAACCCCAAGGACUUGCAGUUUUUGAAAAUGAGGAAUUUGGACUACGGCUUGGGGGAGAUUGAGAUGGAGUUGAGUAAAUUGAGAGAGAUGCAAGUUCGCGGCAACGCCAAGGUCAUUUCAAUCGGAGGCGAGGAUGGUGACGGUGCGGAUGGGGUUCUGCUGAGCGGGUUAACAUUGACGGUUGGCUGGUACAUGGUCAUGACUCUAGCAGUUUUUUCCGUCAUGAUGAGCUAG